CCGGGCAGAACACGGAGCUCCGGUGCCGCCCCUGCCCCGCCGCCCCCCCGCCCCGUGCUCAGGUGUGUGGUGAGGUGAGAGCUGUUGAGCAAUGGCAUUCAAGAAGGUUUGGUGUGCCCUAGCCCUGGGAUUUCUGCUGCCUUUCUCUUGUGCCCACACGGACUUCUUCACUUCCAUUGGUCAUAUGACAGACUUAAUUAAUACAGAAAAGGAUCUGGUUGUGUCACUCAAAGAUUACAUUAAGGCAGAGGAAAGCAAGCUGGAGCAGAUCAAAAAGUGGGCAGAGAAGUUGGAUCAGCUGACAGCUACUGCCACAAAAGACCCAGAGGGGUUUUUGGGCCAUCCUGUGAAUGCAUUCAAGUUGAUGAAAAGGCUCAACACAGAGUGGGGUGAGCUGGAGAGCCUGGUGCUCAAGGACAUGUCAGAUGGCUUCAUCUCCAACAUGACCAUCCAGAGGCAGUUCUUCCCAAACGAUGAGGAUCAGACUGGGGCAGCCAAGGCCCUCCUGAGGCUGCAGGACACCUACAACCUGGACACAGACACCCUGUCCAGGGGAAACCUGCCAGGUGUGAAGCACAAAUCCUUCCUAACAGCUGAAGAUUGCUUUGAGCUGGGCAAGAUUGCCUACACAGAGGCUGACUACUACCACACCGAGCUGUGGAUGGAGCAAGCCCUGAAGCAGCUGGAUGAGGGAGAAGUGUCCUCUGCAGACAAAGUCUACAUCCUGGACUACCUGAGCUAUGCUGUGUACCAGCAGGGGGACCUGGCCAAGGCCAUGGCACUCACCAGGCGCCUCCUGGAGCUGGAUCCUGAACAUCAAAGAGCAAAUGGGAACAUGAAAUACUUUGAGUACAUCAUGGCUAAAGAAAAAGAGGCAAACAAGUCCAGCACGGAUUCAGAAGAGCAGGAGAAGGAAACUGAGGUUAAGAAAAAGGAUUACCUGCCUGAGAGAAGGAAGUACGAAAUGCUGUGCCGUGGGGAGGGGCUCAAAAUGACUCCCCGCCGACAGAAGAGGCUCUUCUGCCGCUACUACGACGGGAACAGGAACCCCAGGUACAUCCUGGGCCCCGUCAAGCAGGAGGACGAGUGGGACAAGCCCCGCAUCGUUCGCUUCCUGGACAUCAUCUCCGACGAGGAGAUCGAGACCGUGAAGGAGCUGGCCAAGCCCAGGCUGAGGCGAGCCACCAUUUCAAACCCCAUAACGGGAGCCUUGGAGACGGCACAUUACAGAAUUAGCAAAAGCGCGUGGCUCUCGGGCUACGAGAGCCCGGUGGUGUCCCGCAUCAACACCAGGAUCCAGGACCUCACAGGGCUGGAUGUCUCCACUGCAGAGGAGCUGCAGGUGGCAAAUUAUGGAGUGGGAGGACAAUAUGAGCCCCACUUUGACUUUGCACGGGCAAGUAAAGAGCUGGAGGAGAGCUAGACCUGGUGAAGCCUGGGCCUCUGGGCUGGGGCACACUCUCUGUUCUUCCAUGUCUAUUAAAUUUUGUAGCUCUUCCACUUUGCUAAUCCAUGUCCGUGGAGAAAGCCCUCUAAACCACCAGCUGGACGUUGCUGCCUGUAAGCUGAGUGCCAGCAGUCUCCUGACAACUGGAACUGGGAAUUAAGGACUCACUGUCCUUAAUUUUUAAAUUGGAUUUGAAUUCCCCACCUGUUUUAUUCCAGCUUAAAUUGCAGACUGCUGAAAUUCAGUUGGUUAUUUACUGGGCAUAAUUCUGUGUGGUUUAACCCCUUCAGAUUAACCUUAACCCUGCCAGUCCCAGCCACCAAUUCUGAAUCAGGAUCUCUGCUCUGUAAGCACCUGCUCCAAAGCAUUGCAAGUGAUUAACAGGUUUUGUUUGGAAACACUGGGGCUGUUUCCAGGAGUAACAGUUGCUGGAAUUUCAGUGCACACAAAGUGUGGUCACAGGGGGUGGGUUUAGAAACAGAGGUAUGACAGAAGUUGGUAUCAAAACUCAUCAAAAUGUGGUUCAUUCUUGUAAGUGGAGUGCUGGACACUCCUUAGUUGCCUGGUUUGUCACUGAGGCUUCCUCCCUGCUUCCCAGCUGGAAUCCAGAGAGGAGUGUGGCAGGGAGGUGUCCCAGCUGACCCUGGGACUGAGAGCUGCCCUGGCUGCUGCCAAGGACAAGGGGGAUGAGUGUAAUUAAAUAAUUCAGUUUGCUGUGAGGAGGAUUUAUAGCCUCAGCCUCAGACAGCACAGUUGUUGUUACCCAUUAGAAAUCUGGGCUUAAUGCCCUCCCUCCCUGUCCUACAGAAUUUCAAAGUGCCUGGUUUAUUUAAAUUGAUAGAUUCACUCCUGUUGCAUUCCUCCCCUCCUUCCAAAUCGAGGGGUUGGAUUAAUUCUUCUGCAUGAGUCUGUUCUGUGCUGCUGGCUCAGCAGCUGUGUGUCAUUGGCUGCUCUCAGCAACCAAAAAGAAAUGCUGAUGGAAUCUGCCUGCUUUUGU